AUGCGUGGGCGAAAAACUAGUGUACCACAUCAGGUGAUCAUUGAUGCAGUUAUUUUAUUUAAAGACCGAGUUAUAGCCACUGACAAUGAUGGUGUUAAACACGUUGUUGUUGGAACAAAUGAUGUAUGGAUGGAUAUAAGUAUGCAUUUAAAUGGGAGGAUAAGUAAAAAUGCAUUACAUUUGUUUGUUCAUAACGGCAGACAUGGAGUAAAAGAAGCAUUAGGCUUACUUCCUGCAAUAGUACAGGAAAAUACAAAUCAAAUGAAGAAACCAGAUGAGUUGUAUUGUCAAACUGAUUCAGACUUGACUGAUGAUAGUGACAAUCCUGAUUUUUUGCCAAAAAAAGAAUUUGUCUUUACAUUUUCACCAUCCGAAUGGCAGCAAAUACAGCCUCAAGAAGUUAUUUACAAAGCAAGUGAUAAAAACCGUCCUAUGAGAAGCUGUCGUUCUUAUUAUGUCUUACCAAAAGGCUCGUGGACCCCACUGUUGGCUGAACAUUUUUGGGAACACACGAACUUGCCAUGUUGUAUCUCAUUCAAGAGAGCUAAAGUGUUCACGGAAGGAAACGUGUAUAUUUGUGUCAUAGGAAGGUGUUCGAUUUGUUGUUCUCACUUUAAAGGGAUUGUUAAAGAAAAACCUUCUGGAAAUUCAAGGCCCACAAGACAACCCGUAACCUACAUAGCAUAUCAAACAUCUAAUGAGAGCAUACAAGAUUUGCAAAUGUUUAUAAAUGAACGAAUGGCAACAGAGAGUAAUGUAUGUUGUUAUAAAGAUUGUAGUGGAAUCAAAACUUUAACACCAACUCUUUCAAAUGAACAUAUUGUUAUAGAAAUUCUAUAUUGGAACAAUGAUGAAACAACAUGUAGUUCAGAAGUAGGUCACUUAAUUGAAGUACAGUUAUGUGAUAUUCCUCAAGUUUUAAUAUAUAAAGAUUUAACAUAUGAAUUACGAGGAGUAGUAAAUUAUCGUAGAGGAAAUAGUAAGCUAAGAACAUCAGUAGGGCAUUACAAUGCUUACUGCAAACGAAGUGGAAAACAAUGGGAAUUAAUAGAUGACCUAAAAAAGAAGGCUGUAUCAUCAAAAGAGAAUACGAAAGUAAUUUGUGAAUUCGUUAUAUACAGUAUUUAA